GGGCCCCGCCUACACUAAAAUCCCGCCAGCAAUCAAAUAUAAUGGUUAACAAAAAUCCCAAGGAAUUCCCUCUUUUUAGAAACUUGAAGAUAAUUUUUCCGGGAAAAAGAACUUGAAGAUUUUCUCACAAUCCAAACAUUAUUAUUCCUUCAUUCUAGUCACUCACCGAAUAAUGGAGCCACUCUGCCCGAAUUUUGAUCUCCUAAAAUCCUCUUCGGUUCCCCUCUUUUCACAUCGCUUGUCGUCAAUAAAUCGCGGCAUUAGCAAAAGGUCGAGUGCGUCAUUUCCCUGUGUUUCUUCCUAUAAUCGAAACUGUAAUCAUCAGGCAUCGGUUAAAACAGAGGCCCCUCCGCAACAACAACCCAACGGUCAUGACUUGAUCAAGUCGUUAACAAAAGGGUUUGUUGGUUUCGCCGCUGCGGCCACGGCUCUGGCCUCCGUUUGUAGUGAUUCGCCGGCUUUUGCUGAGUCCCUCACAGUUGCUUUCCCUGUUUCCCGCGCUCAAGAGGUAAACACAGUACAGAGAACUCUUGUGGAAGCUUGGGGACUGAUAAGAGAAACAUUUGUUGACCCAACGUUUAAUCAUCAAGACUGGGAUUUGAAGUUGCAGCAAACAAUGGUGGAGAUGUUUCCCUUGAAGUCGGCUGAUGCCGCAUAUGGUAAAAUCAGAGGAAUGCUUUCAACUCUUGGAGAUCCCUUCACUCGAAUUAUCAGUCCAAAGUUACUAGUUGCUCUUAAGGACAUUUGGAUCGCGUUAUCUAUAUUACUGGAGUAUCAAAGUUUUAGAAUUGGAAGUGAUGGGAAUUUGCAAGGAGUUGGUCUAUUCAUAACUGUCGAACCAAAAACUGGUCAUUUGGUUGUUUUGUCAUGCGUAGAGGGUAGCCCAGCUGCUCGUGCUGGUAUACAUGAUGGAGAUGAGUUGAUUGAGAUUAAUGGGCAGAGACUUGAUGGUGUUGAUAGUGAAGCAGCAGCCCAGAGGCUUAGAGGCCAAGCCGGAACAUCGGUUACAGUAAAGCUCCACAGAGGAAAUGGUUCAGGAAGUGGUUCUAGUAUCAAAGAGGUCAAACUACCUCGUGAGUUAAUUAGGCUUUCACCAAUAUCCAGUACCGUCAUCCCUCAUAGAACCCCAGAUGGCCGUCUAACAAAGACUGGUUAUGUGAAGCUGUCAACAUUCUCACAGACUGCUGCUACAGAAAUGAAGAAUACAAUCCAUGAGAUGGAGAACCUGGGUGUACAAUCGUACAUACUGGAUUUGCGGAACAACCCGGGAGGUCUAGUGAAAGUUGGACUUGAUGUUGCUAAGAUAUGGCUAGAUGGGAAUGAGACUCUUGUGAACACAGUUGACCGUGAUGGGCAUAUGUCACCCAUCAACAUGGCCAAUGGCCAUGCUCUAACUCAUGAUCCUCUUGUUGUUCUUGUGAACGAGGGAAGUGCUAGUGCAAGUGAGAUUUUGGCAGGUGCACUACACGACAAUGGUCGAGCUAUCCUUGUUGGCCACAAGACUUUUGGCAAAGGGAAAAUUCAGAGUAUCACGGAGCUACAUGAUGGAUCUGCUCUUUUCGUAACGGUUGCGAAGUAUCUAUCACCUGCUCUUCAUGACAUAGAUCAGGUUGGCAUAACACCUGAUGUGCAGUGCACGACCGAGAUGCUGAAUUCACCGAAGGAAACACUGAAGGGAAAAAGCUCGGUUUCAUCUCUAGAAGCUGAUUCAUGCAUUAUGGUAGCAGAGCAUGAGUUGGACAUUCAAGAAUCCAAAGGUACAGCUUCUUGAAACACAUGAUUCUGCAGAACCAAACAUUUAGAUCCUAGAAACAAGAUGUAUAUAUAUAUAUAUAUAUAUAUAUAUAUAUAUAUAUAUCAAAAGUUUGAAUAUAAACCCCAUGCUCUACUCAACUAUCAAUUAAUACAGUCAAUGUAAGUUGUAUAUCAGGACUUUAGAGUGUUAGACUACACAUUAAGAGCCCGUCUCAAAUGCUGUGGAAAGUAACAAAUAAUUGCAGAUGAUUUGUAUGAAUAAUUCAUCAUUUUAUUUAUUGGAAAAAUAUCUUAGAAAUACUAUGCUUUGAUUCA